GCGACGCUAAAGAUUGAAUCAAUUUUCAAACCUUAAAUAAAAGGCAAAACUUCUUCAAUCUUAGAUAAUCAUCAAAUCACAUGAUACACAAAUCAUUAAGCGAAUUGAAAUUCCAAGUGUAGUGCCGCAGGUUUUAGCCCUGCUUCGAUUUCUGUAUCGGAAGAACAUCUCGACUUUUACGACCAGCGACCAGCGACAAAUUUUACGACAACAACCCACCAACGGUUCCUUCUUCAAGAUGUCGGCAACAGAAGCUACCCAGAAGAAGACCUUCGGAAAAUCGACCCGGGUCGUUUCCAAUGAGAAGGCACAAAAGUACUAUCCGGCGGAGGAUGUCUCAGCACCAAGAAAGGUAAAUACAAAAAGGAACCCAUUUUUGCAAGAAAUAGCAGAGCAUUGAUUGGAAUAUUGUCCGAUUUUGACAAUAAAGCGGCGCGAAAAUCAAUAUAUUUGGAGUUUGCGAUUACAAUUGCAAUCUGCAGAUAUAUAUUUGAUUUUAAUAUCAAUCAAAUCGUCAUUACAUUCAUUGCAUAACAUUGCAUCGCAUUUUCAGGCAUUGCUCUUUGGUUUCAAGAACCUUGUAACUAACAAUGAAUUAUCCAGGUCCGCAAAUCCAUCAGACCAUCCAAAGUUAGACCAUCCCUCGAACCCGGAAAAGUCCUGAUCCUCCUCGCUGGUCGUUUCCGUGGCAAGCGUGUCGUUCUCUUGAAGGCUCUUGACCAAGGUGUUCUCCUCGUCACUGGCCCAUUCAAGGUCAACGGUGUCCCAAUCCGCAGAGUCAACGCUCGUUACGUUAUCGCCACAUCUACCAAGAUCGAUUUGGAGGGUAUCGACUCGGCAAAGAUUGAGGAGCUCUCAGACCCAAAAUACUUCGCUAGAGAGAAGUCAGAGAAGAAGGCAUCAGAAGAGGCUUUCUUCAAGCAAGGCGAGAAGCCAGAGGUAAGAUCUUACAGUGGGGAUACGUCACAAUCUUACAUAAAUUUAAUAAAUCAAAACAGAAGAAGCAACCAUCCUCCAGCCGCGCAGCAGACCAAAAGACCAUCGAUAAGGCCAUCCUUUCCAGCCUCAAAAAGACCCCAGAACUCGCCAGCUACCUCGGUAGCUCUUUCAGCCUUCGCAAGGGCGAUAAGCCACACGCAAUGGUAUUUUAAAUAUGUGUGUUGGAGAUUGGGGGGAAUGGGUACAUUUGGGCGCGGAUGUGGGAAAAUUCUACAAUCAAUUUGACGAGUCGCUUCUUUGCAUCUUGACCUCGGAAUGGGCAUGGGUCAUCUCAUUGUGAAGGGCACUUUGUAAUCAGAUUUGCAAUGAUGAAGAAAACCACAAAGCAAUGAUAUCUUUUUUUUUAGCGCGAAUGAUUGUGAGAUGUG